CGAAGGAUGUUUUCAAACCCAACGAUAAAACUGGAACGGGACGUCAUACAGCCGUAGGCAUAGCUACUGUUAAUGUUCAAUAUUAUAUUUUUUUGGUGGGGAAAUUUACUGUUUUACAGAUACGUAGAUCUGAAAAACGAAUGAACAGGCAGAACCUGAACGCUAUUGAUAAGGUCCACGAUGACUGUGCUGGGCCGUAGCUAGGCACGCGGUGGGAGGGAGGGCGGCCAAGAUGGCGGCCGCACCACCAGCACAAUGCACCAUGGCCAAACCUGGGACAGACCGAGAUGGAGCCAUGGUCGCGAAGAAGAACAAAGAUAAGAUUUCCCCGUUCACCAAGACUCUGAAGCUGGACCGGAGUAAGUUGUUGGGUGUUAAGGAAGGAACACCACCAAAGUCUUCCAUGAAACGCAAACUGUCCUUCACCAUGAGCACCCCUCGCAACGAGGAGAGACACUCAGACACAGAUGAGUCAGUCCCAGACCAGUCCACUGAGUCCUGGGUAGAGUCUGAGGGGAGGUUAGUGACUCCCUGCAGGAUGUACUCAGCAGAUAAAGAUGGCCCGGAUAAGAAGAAAGUCAAGAAGGAGUCUGGGGGGAGUAAAAAGGCCCCUGUUAAUCUUCUGUUUGGUUACCCGCUGUCGGAACGGAAGCAGAUGGCCUUACUGAUGCAGAUGACCGCCAGGGACAACAGCCCAGACUCGACCCCUAGCAAACCAUCCCAGGCUCCCUCGGUGCAGAAGAAGCUCCCUAGCAACUCGGCCUCCAGAGCGAGGGACAAGGUGAACAAGAGGAACGAGCGUGGAGAGACGCCGCUACACAUGGCCGCCAUACGGGGGGAUGCCAAACAGGUCAAGGAGCUUAUCAGCCUCGGGGCUGACGUCAACAUUAAAGACUUUGCAGGCUGGACGCCCCUUCACGAGGCGUGUAACCUUGGUUUCUACGACGUGGCCAAGGUUCUGAUUGCAGCCGGAGCAGAAGUCAACACUCAAGGUCUGGACGAUGACACUCCGCUCCACGAUGCCUCCAGCAGUGGACACACGGACAUUGUGAAGCUGCUGCUGACACAUGGAGGAAAUGCGUUCCAGGCCAACAAGCGAGGGGAGCGGCCUGUCGACGUAGCCGACUCUCAGGCCCUGGAGCUCCUCCUAAAAGGAGAGGUGCCCCUCUCAGACCCAGAGGAUAGCCCCUCAGAGUCAGAAGGCUCUCCGUCGGUGAACCCCUCCAGCGUCGAUGUUGAUGACGACAACCUGGAUGACUCGGACGCGGAAAAGGACUCAGACGGAAAGCAGAGCACCGUGAAGGCCUCAUCCUCCAUGUCCGGCCUGGAUGAGUAUGAGUUCAAAGAUGAAGAGGACUUGAGUAAAGCCCUGAACGAUCGACACAUCCUCCGGAGAGAGCUGAGGGAGAAGGAAAGAAAUAAUUUGGUGAAGCAGAGCAAUAAAGGGGACGGGAGCGGCUCAGUCCAGUCCUCUAAGUCUAAGAAGACGAAGACGUUGUCCCGUGUUCGCUACUGCAGCUCGGAUAGUUCCAGUGAUGAGAUGGAGAUGCCAACAGAGAGAAGGAGCUCUCCGACCUGCUCCAACAGCUCUGAGGGACACAAGGCGUCAGACACCAGCAGGACUAAGAAAGAGAACCUCAGCAGCCUCGCGACUUCCGAACAGAAAGACAAAAGCAGCAAAGUCAAGAAAAAGAACCAGAACAAGAACAAGGAGAACCAGGAGAACCAGGAGGACGAGAAGGAGAACAGCAAAGCUCUGGUGUUUUCCGUAGCCACCGUGUCCGUGUCGGAGACACACAUGGACAAGAACAGCCGAGUACUAUGUGGGGACGAGGACUCGUUCAAGAUCUCCUUCAGUCCCAAGGACGACUCGUCCGUCCACCUUUUCCACCUGUCCGCCACCGUCAAGUCCCCCAAGCUCAACUACGGCCUGGCCGACAAGCAUCCGUCCUCCAACCCGCUCAAACAGGAGAACGCCAAGAUGACGUGCGUCUCGAUUGCCGAAGGCCCCUGUCCGCUGGAUGAUGUCAACUACAACCACUACAACCCAGAGUCUGAGUUCUGCACGGAGAGCUCCAGUAGUAAAGGCUGCAAGCACAAGGAGAAGAGCAAGCACCAGCAGAAGGACGUCGCCGUGGACUGUAGUGUUGGUGGCGGGGGUGGCGGCUCCAGUCCGCAUAAUAAAGAACGCAGCGUUGCCCACGGUGUGAACAGCUCUGACGGUGGUGGUGCCUUACGGAAGACCGACAAAGAUGGCAAAGUGGUCAAAAAACAUAAACUAAAACACAAAGAGAAGAACAACCACUGCAGGGAGUAUGAGGCGGACAGGGAGAGGAACCGCCACCGGCAGAAGGAGGGCGGCAGGAAGGACGGCCACAGGAACCAGGAGUUCGACAGGGAGUUCUGGAAAGAGAACUUCUUCAAUGAUGACGAACCUCUGCCUCCAGGGAAAACUGAGAGCGAGACCGAGAAGGAAGACGGCUCUCCUGUGAAGGAAGAGAGGGGGACGAAAGACAAAUACCCCUCUAGUAGCAGCAAGGAGACGAGGCUGAGAGAGGUGCAAGAGAAGGAUAAAGACAAGGUGGUGAAGAAAGAAGGGAAGGAAACCUCUGCUGUCUGUAAAGAGAAAGGAGGAAAAGAUGGGAAGCCCAGUGAGCGUGAGGAGAGGACAGAUUGCCUCAGCUCCAACUCCGGACGGACUACCUCUCUUCCUGAGGAGACGCAGCAUAACACUACAAGCGUGAAAGAUGAACCGAAGGAUAAACCGGUAACGGGGAACACGUCUACGGCUGAUCUAGACCGGCUGGAUGCCUCUGAGAAAGACCAACGGGACAAAUCUGACAGGAGGCCUUCUGUAAAGGAACGGGAGACUGAAAAGACUGAUAAAAAGAAUCCCGAUAAGGAGAAGAAGGUUAAGAUGGAGCACCUGGAGAAAUCAGAGAAUUCACAAAAUUCUAUGGAUCGUUGGAGGGAGAAGGAGAGGAUGGCGUCUGGCUCAUCUCAUUCGUCCCCUGGUGACAAGAACCACAAAGAGAGUGAAAAGCUCAGAGCCUUGUCCACGACAAAAAAACACGAAGAGAGCAAGGACAAGAAGAGCAAAGAGAAGCCGGAUAAGAGGAGCGAGAGGGAGAGGCAGGAGAGGGAGUACAGAGACAAAGACAGGAUAGGCUGGGAUAACAAACUAAAACCACCUUCAGAGAAAUACACUGAUCAAAGUAAAUUGGAUCGUGCUAAGGAAAAGGAGAAAGACAAAGACUGCGAUAAGAAGAAAAGGGAAAAAUCUAAAGAUGGCUCUUCAUCUUCCUCCAGCUCUAACCUGAAGCUCCCCUUGGAGGAGAAGAAAGGCUAUGUGUCUGAAUGUGGCAAGACCACACCAGCAAAACUGCUAAAGGAGGAGGUCCCGAAAACGCCAGAGAAAGACCGAGACCGAAGAGACAGAGAAUCCAGAGACUUUGACCGGCACAGAGAUCGAGACAAAGAUCGUCACAAGAGCGACAAGGACCGUUCCAAGGAGGGUAGCAAGGCCUGUAAGACCAAGUCCAACGAGACUGAGACUGACCGAGACAACAGGUCCAAAGCUAAAGCCUCGCCUGCCACCAGGGAAGAGAAGCGCCCCAAAGAGAAACGUCUGGUCAACGAAGACCUGAGGCAGACCAGCUUCGAACGCAUGCUGAGUCUGAAGGACCAGGAGAUUGAACAGUGGCACCGGAAGCAUCUAGAAAAGAUCAAACAGAAGGAGAGAGAGAGGAUGAAACAACGACCCUCCUCUACGACAACAGACCCAGGGAAGCUCAAAAGCAAAGCCAAGAUGAUGUCCUUGUCGUCUGGAGAACAGUGUUCGAGCAAAGAACUGCUUCGCUCCAAGAGCUCCGAAGGCUCUAGUGACGCUCAUGGCCGAGACCGAGACAAACCCAUAAAGGAGAUCGCCAGCUCCAGGACCAUGUCCCUGGACGGGAAGACACUCUCCUCCCUCGGUGGGAAGUUGAUGGCUGGUAUUGAGAACAGCUUGAGCAGGUCACCCAGGCCGGAGAGCGAGCGGUCGGGUCUCAUGUCCAGGUCCGUGUCCAUGUUCUCCAUGGCCAGUUCUGAGGACUCCUGUCAGGCAACCAUGCUGACGCCGAGACCCGUAGAGUACGACUCGGAUAUGACCCUGGAAGCCUCUCAGGACUCUCAGCCGCUUUUCCUCCUGUCUUCCCUCCUCUCACAGUCUAGAUCACCUGCCGUUCACGACAAAGACUACAACGGUCUUCCAGACUCAGCGCAAGGUAAUAGGACUCCGCUGCAGAGCCGGCACACUUCCCCCUACCUUAUAGCUAUUCUGGACGAGGACACAAACUCUGCGACGGCAGGUAAACAUUUUGAAACUCUGUCCAAGGCCGGCGUGGUGCCUGCUGCUCAACCAAAUGAAGAGCCUUCAAGUGUUCAGCUUCCUUCAGAAACCUGUGCAGAUCCAGAGGAGAGCCAGAGUCAAAGGGGUCCUACUCAGAUGCUUCCAAAUCUCCUUAAUGCAAGAACAGAUGCAGAUCUCAACGCUGAGAGUGAAGGGAACACCGCUCCAAGUGUCCAUCUCCCACCUCAAGCGUCCAACACCAGAGAUCCUCUUGUAAAGGACGCCUCAACACUUCAGCAGGCUAGUGUCCAACAGCUAGCUACACCAGAACAGAGAGGGUUUUCUUCCACCUCUGAUCCUCUCCUAAUACGGGACGUCCAGUGUAUCCCCGUGGAGACCUCCACUGCGACGCCUGAAUGUAGCACGAAGUACUUGCCCUCUGAGGACACGACGCCACUGGUGACAUUAUCUUCUCUAUCCUGUCAACUGCCGUUCUCCAGCACCGAACCCACCUCAUCUCUCUCUGCUAGCCAGUCAUGGGAAACCCUUCCAAACACCAGUAUGGUGACCUCACAGCAGAUGAAGACAGAGAUUGGUGGAGAUCUGGUUCUUGAUCCUAAAGAUACAACUCCUGUAGAGAGUGGAGCCAGCAGCGCUGACAACAGAGCAGCUGUAGAGAGCCUUGAUAGUGUGUUAGGAGCGUCAAGACCAGGAUGGAUGGACAACCCAGUAGCCUCCACCAGCAGCACACUAACACCGCCCAGUGUUAGUACAGAGGAGUCCAUGCAGAGUGCUGGUAGAACCAAUGAAUCUCAAGAGGACAUGGACACUGACGCAAGCGUUCAGGACUGUAAGCAAUCCAGAUUCUCCAGUGACGUUGUCGAUUCCAGCGAUCUUCAGCCGGAAAAAAACGAUCAUUCUAGCCAGCAUACACCAUCUACUGUGUUGCGAUGGCCGUGCCUUGAACACAAAUCGGAAGAAACUUCUGAUGCACCUGACAACACAUUAGAGAAGAGCAGAGGUCCUGAGGUCAUGUCAACAGGAAGGACUAGUUGUCGGUCUUCGUCAGAGGGCAGUAAUAUGAUCACCAUCCCUGAGGUGAAAUCGGAGCCAUGCCCAGAGCCAAUGGAAGUGGCUUCUACCUCUGAGGGGAGAUCAGAAGGACAGACACUGUCCGGUGCUUCUGGACAGUGUAGUAACCUCCAGCAAGGCUCCCAGACAGACCAGAGUGGUAGUAGUGGUAGUUACAGCAGCAGUGGAGUCUCUGCUAGCUCUUCGCCCCAGUCUGGGGACAGAGACUCUGACUCCUCCGGGGCUAAGGCCAAGGUCCGCUCCGUAACCAUCGAGGACGUCCAGCAGACCCACCCCAGGAAGAGGAAAAUGCCCAGAAUGUCUACCUCAAACCAGGCCGGAGGCAGCACACACCAGGGGAAGGAGAAGCCUCAGCCGUCUCUGGCGGCCAUCGUUGACUCUCUGAAGCUGGAGGAGAUUCAGCCGUACCAGACGGAGAGGGCCAACCCUUACUACGAGUUCCUGCACAUCCGCAAGAAGAUCGAGGAGAAGCGCAAAGUGCUGCUGAGCGUCAUCCCCCAGCCGCCGCAGUAUUACGACGAAUACAUGACGUUUACUGGAUCGUACCUGCUAGACGGGAACCCGUUCGGCAAACUCUGUAUUCCAACUAUCACUCCCCCUCCGUCUCUACCGGACCAACUGAAGGAGAUGUUUAAACAACAGGAAGUUGUUCGUAUGAAGCUACGCUUGCAACACAGCAUUGAACGGGAAAAGUUAAUCGUUUCCAACGAACAGGAAGUGUUACGAGUUCACUACCGGGCUGCCAGAACACUAGCCAAUCAGACGCUCCCGUUUAGUGCGUGCACCGUGCUAUUGGACGCCGAGGUGUACAACAUGCCGCAGGAUGCCCAGGCAAGUGGCAUGAUGUCACGUACUGUAGAAUCAGGUGACCAAGAUGGCAAGACGUCUGUGAGGGAUCGUUUCAACGCCCGUCAGUUUAUGUCCUGGUUGCAAGACGUGGACGAUAAGUUUGAUAAACUCAAGACGUGUCUUCUGAUGCGGCAGCAGCACGAGGCAGCAGCUCUUAAUGCUGUCCAGCGUCUCCAUUGGCAGCUGAAACUCCAGGAGCUGGAUCCAGUCAUGUACAAGUCCACCUCCAUCUUCGAGAUACCCGAGUUCUACAUCCCCUUGGUAGAGGUCAACGACGACUUUGACCUCACGCCCAUAUGACCCACGGUAAGGGUCAGGCAGAGAGGACUGAUCAUCUAGUGGCCAUCUACCUCUAACAGGGAUGAAGUGAUGGAGGGGGUCGUCACAUGCUAGAAGGAAUGAAGUAGAGAGAAGAAAGGUCAAGCACUGAAGUUGACAGAACUUGGAUGUGUGGUAGAGAGCACAGGGCCGCUCUUGGGGGGGGUGUGGUAGAGAGCACAGGGCCGCUCUUGGGG